AUGACCGACUACAAUUGUGAUAAGAAAAGUACUUCAUCUACAAAUUCAGACACAGAAGUGAAACCUGAACAACUGCCUCCUUGUGUAAACCCAGGCAAUCCUGUAUUUUCAUGUAUGUUGGACCCAAAGACACUCUAUACAGCAACCUCACUAUCAAAACCUCAGAUGAUUAUGUAUAAAACCAAUUCAGGUCAUUAUGGUGAAUUUUUACCUUUGCCACAGUUUUUUCCCUGCAAUUAUACUCCAAAGGACCAAGCAUUUUCAAACUACGUCAGAGCAACUGGAUUUUAUGAAAAUAACACUCUAAAUACUACAACUGACAGAACCAGAACUAUUGAUUUUCCUAAUUUUCAACAUACUCUAUGA